AACAGCCAUUUGCGGUUUUUAAUUAAAAAUAUCCCUUCGUCUAUUCGCCUGUUUCACAUCACACUAGUACCAGUAGACUAGCAAUAGAUAGAUCCCCGAUCCGUUAGGUCUCCACCCCCAUCGCUGUAAUUAUCCCACAAUCAACACCAGGAACAAUUUCUGCGUACAAAUAACAAAUCAAACCACAGAUCCGGAUCAUCCAAUCCGUCACGGACCCCCAAUUUGACCCUGAUUUCCCCCCGUUUUUUAAUCGGGCUAGGGCUAGGGCUAGUGUGCACCGCGCUGUUUUAGGUUGUGCUCGGUGGCGGUGAGGUGUUGAAGCUAAGGUUAGGAACUUAGGAUUGACGAGAGGCGGAGGGAUGGACAAGAAGAAGGUGGCGGUGCCGACGGUGUGCCAUGGGCACUCGCGCCCGGUGGUGGACCUCUUCUACAGCCCCGUCACGCCCGACGGCUACUUCCUCAUCAGCGCCAGCAAAGACUCAAAUCCAAUGCUUCGCAAUGGUGAAACUGGAGAUUGGAUUGGGACAUUUCAAGGCCACAAAGGCGCUGUAUGGAGCGCUUGCCUUGACACCAAUGCUCUGCGUGCUGCGUCUGGUUCUGCUGACUUUUCAGCAAAAAUAUGGGAUGCACUAACAGGCGAUGUGCUCCACUCCUUUGAACACAAGCAUAUUGUCCGUGCAUGUGCUUUUUCUGAGGAUACCCACAUGUUGCUUACAGGAGGUUUCGAGAAGAUUUUGCGCAUAUAUGAUUUGAAUCGCCCAGAUGCAACUCCAAGAGAAAUUGACAAAUCACCUGGUUCUGUCAGAACUGUCACUUGGCUUCAUAGUGAUCAAACUAUAUUAAGUUCCUGCGCGGAUUUAGGUGGUGUGAGGUUAUGGGAUGUAAGGAGUGGGAAAAUUGUCCAAACACUUGAAACCAAAUCACCUGUCACCAGCGCAGAAGUAAGCCAAGAUGGUCGGUUUAUCACGACAACUGAUGGCUCAAGCGUGAAGUUUUGGGAUGCAAAUCACUUUGGACUUGUUAAGAGUUAUAAUAUGCCAUGUGCAGUGGAGUCAGCUUCUCUCGAACCGAAUUGUGGGAAUAAAUUUGUCACAGGUGGAGAAGACAUGUGGGUUCGUGUCUUUGAUUUCUUCACUGGAGAAGAAUUAGCAUGUAACAAGGGGCACCAUGGUCCGGUCCACUGCGUACGGUUUACUCCUGUUGGUGAAUCUUAUGCAUCAGGAUCCGAAGACGGAACCAUCCGAAUUUGGCAGUUGGGUCCAGCUAACAGCGACGAACAGGAGGCAGCAAGUGCAAAUGGGAAGGCAAAGGUCGGGGUAAAUGAUGUCGCACGUAAGAUCGAGGGUUUCCACAUUUCUAAGGACGGGCAGGUAGAGGGCACUUGAUGCCCACCAUGCUUGCUGGGAGACUUUUGUGGGAUGCUCUUUCCCUUCGUUCCUCCCAGAAUCUGUUGUAAACUUGUAAAAGUAUAAGCACUGGCCUGCUGCAGUUGGGUUUCCUCUAACAGCACCUAAAUGGUGGAAUUUUUGUUGGGGGUCCUCCUUGUAUUUCUCAAACUCUGGACAGUACUCUCACUGAGGUGAACGAAUAUAUAAGACUCAAAAAUGGCAAUUUUCUGUUUUUUUUUUC